GUAAACGAGCGGUACACUACCCGGAAGCAGGUGUGGAGAAUAGUCCGGUCUGUGUAAUCGUUUGGCAGACUUGGCCCACAAUCUUUACUCGGGGCGUUGGUCCCCUAAACCCCGUUAAAGAUGGCAGAAUAUAGCCCAAAGGGUAUAUUCACUGCGCUUUUGCUAUUUACAGCUGUUACUCUAAAAGACAUUUACGUCGGGAGGAGGAUGAUGACUCAACACCCUGCACAGGCCUCUGACAGCCUAGACAUGGGUUCUGACAGCUUGCGGGAUGCCGACCCACAGAGGCUCAGCAAGCAAACCCUCUACACUGGGCCAGUGCUGAAAUUCCAGUUUUGUAUCUCCUGAGGGUACAACAAGGUGUUUCAGGAGUACUCCCGGGCUAUUAGCCAAUUGUACCCAGACAUCCGCAUAGAAGGAGAAAAUUACCCUCCCACUACCAUCAACAAAUAUCUCGGAAAUUUAUUUUCAUACUUCAAACUCCUGGCCAUUGCCCUUGUUGUCAGUGGACAAAAUCCCUUCCCCAUGCUUGGACUGGAGACUCCCAGAGCAUGGACAUGGAGUCAGGAAAAUAAGAUAUUUGCGUGCCUGAUGACAUUCUUCCUCAGUAACAUGUUGGAAACCCACUUUUUGUCCACUGGUGCAUUUGAAAUCACACUAAAUGACGUACCUAUCUGGUCCAAGCUACAAUCAGGAUAUGUACCCAACAUCCAGGAAAUCUUCCAAAUCCUUGAUAAUCACAUUAAGAUGAAUCAGGUUGACAAGAUCUCCUUUCCAUCUCCAUAGUGCUGAUUUUUAAGAAGAUCUAUAGGUAUUUGGAGCAGUUGCUCAGGUCAGAGGGACUGUAUUGUGGUUUAAUGAAGGCUUGGUCUGCAAACAGCUUGCUGUUAGGCCAGGCUGGAUGUCUCUGCCACAGGCAACACUUCCUCUGCCCUGGAAAAUUCUCCUAUGUCCUCUAUCCAACAAAAAAUAAACAUGCCAGUAACUCCAGUGGCUGGCUUGGAAGAGAUCCUGUCAUACUGUAUAUUUUUUAAAGAAAUAUUUAGAUGUUAUUAUAAAAAGGCUACUGUGAUUUUUUUUCUUGAUUAUUUUUUUUUUUUCUUGUCCUCCAAGAUAGUCCUGUAUGGGGUUUAUUUAUAGGCAAAUGGUUUGCACUGCUGUAGUACCAAGGGCUUUUGUGAGGUUUAUUUUAUUUUUGUAGCCAUUCUGUGUCAAAAGUCCCUUUUUUGUCUGAACCUUUGCUUCGGGGGUGUUUAGAGGGAGGGCUGGUUAAGUCCUGCAUGAAUUGACAAAAUGCUGGGUAGUGUUUAUGUGUAUUAUUUUCCUCUCUGCAACUAAGGUAUACUUCAGGUGUUAUCCAUUAUUGAAAUAGUUUUAUUUUAUAUAUUUUGGGGGAAAGAAAAUGAAUUUGAGAUUGUACAAGUAUGACUAUUCUCAUUUUAAUUGGUCAUUCUGUCAGUUGUAUCCUAUAUACAUAUGUGGCUUGAUGUCUGUUUGAGUAGAAUGAAUUGUCCUAUCAGGUUGCUGUUGAAAUAAAAGUAGCACAGAAGGAAGUCAGGCCGUAUGUGUUCUGCUGCUAAUCAAUUUAAAAUAGUAGCUAUUGUGUAUCAACUAAAUGGUGUCUUUAUGAAUGUCAAAGGAAUGGCUAACUGCUGGCAAUCAAAAGACUAUCACAAAAAAUGACUGUCCACCACUCCUUAAUAUACAAAUUCAGGUGAGAGAAUCCUUGUACACAUAUUUUGUAUGAAAUCACAUUGUGUGUGGCUACUACUGAAGGAUUGAAGCAGUAUAAAAUGUCUACCUUGUCUUAAAGUAAUAAAGAUUCUGAGAGGUU